UAUGACUUUAUUAUAAUUUCUUUUAGGAAAAAAAUUUUUUAAUUGUAUGUAGCAAUUCAAUUCAUCACAAUAUUCAUUAAAAAAAAAAAAUUUCAAUGAAAAAAAAAGAAUAUAAUCCAUUUAAAUUUAAAAGGUAAGCUUUAUAGUUUCUAUGGAGGAUCAAAGCUAGCCUUUCUCUAUCACCGCACUGAAGUUGAGUUCUUCGUCAACCAGCCAUAACAUAAUGCUUAUACUGUGCCGGUGUAGUCAGCCACAAAAACCAACUCCAUAAAAGAGAGAAAAAAGAAAAGAAAAGGCAAACAGGUUCAUUAAAAGCUAUCCGGUGACUGUGAAAGCGACAGAGUAUUAGUAGCAGAGACCCGGCGGUUGGGGCAUUUCCUCUUUUCUCUGCCAUUAAUAUCUGCUGCCUCGUUCUUCUUUAAAGCCCGUGCCAUUUUUUGCAAAGAGUUUCUGAUAAGUCUGGUUUUAAUAUUAUCGCAAAAUCAGGAAAUUGGAAUCAGAGAUUUUAUUUAAAUAUAUCUCAAGUUUAAAAUAAACAAAGAUAGAGUAUGUACAGUUGUUCGUGGUGAUUAUUAUCUAUCAUUAUUAUUGUUAUUAUUCUUCUUCUUGGUUAGUUCUAGUUCUGGUCUGGGUUAAACAGAAAACACCAGUAGCAAUAAUAACAUAGAAAACCGAAUCGAAGCUCGUCAUUGGAGAGAAGUAGUGGACUAGUCAACAUCAAUACCAGCGCUAGUAGUUUCAGCAAGAAAAAGAAGCGGAGGAAGGGCCACGAUAAACAUCAUCUCCACAUUAUUACAAUACCUUAAGCAAUGGCAGAAGCUGGAACAGUCCUGUUUCAUGUAGCUCUAGUUUUGUUGUUGAUUCACAAUUCGCUGGCCCAGCAAAGCUUAUUGAACUCCGGCACCGAACGGUUAGCAUUGCUCGAUCUCCGGUCAACUUUAGGGCUCAGAAGUACAGACUGGCCUAUAAAAUCCGACCCGUGUAACACUUGGACUGGAGUUCAUUGCAACAACGGGCGGGUCGCAGGAAUCAAUAUAUCGGGGUUUAAACGGACCCGGAUUGGGCGUUCAAAUCCCAGGUUCAGCGUUGAAUCUCUUGUUAAUUUGACGUUUCUGGAGUCUUUUAAUGCUUCUGGGUUUUCACUUCCCGGUUCUAUACCAUCUUGGUUCGGUUACCAGCUUGGUUCACUGCAAGUGUUUGAUCUCCGGUCUAGUUCAGUGACCGGUCCCAUUCCAAAUUCUCUCGGUAAUUUAACUACACUUGUUGCUUUAUAUCUAUCUAAUAAUCGCCUUGCUGGUAGUAUACCCUCUGAAUUGGGGCGGUUAAAGCAAUUAUCAGUCCUUGACCUUUCGAGGAAUUCCCUUACUGGGCCAAUACCCUCUACUUUCAGAUUGCUUCGCAACCUCUCAAGGCUUGACCUUUCUUCCAAUUACUUAUCUGGGUCGAUUCCACCUGGUUUGGGUGACAUUUCUACACUGCAAUCUUUGAACUUCUUUGAUAAUAAUCUUGCUUCGUCAAUUCCUGUUGAACUGGGUAACCUUUCUCAAUUGGUUGAGCUUAACCUUACCAAAAACUCACUUUCUGGGUCAUUGCCUGUGGAGUUAUCUAGGUUGAGAAAUUUGCGAAGGAUGGAAAUUGGGGAUAAUGAACUAGAGGGUGCAUUUCCAGAUGGUUUAUUUUCUAUUCUUGACAAAUUGCAAGUUGUGGUGUUGAGUGGUAACAAAUUUGAUGGUGCUCUUCCUAGUGCAUUUUUGUCACGGCCAAACUUGCAGGUUCUUGAUGUUUCUCAUAACAACUUAACGGGUGUUCUGUCAAUUUUUAGUUCAAAUGGUAAUUACAGUGGUGUCUUCUUCAAUCUUUCAAAGAAUCUGUUUUAUGGAACUUUGCCUUCUACAUUUGCGAAUUUUAGUAUGGUUGAUCUGUCUGGUAAUUACAUCCAAGGAAAGGUUCCCGAUGGUAGUCAAAGCAAUAUCAUUCUUGACAGGAACUGCCUGCAGUCUGUGUCAAACCAGAAGAGUUUGCAUGAUUGUAAAAUAUUUUAUGCUGAGAGGGGCUUAAGUUAUGACAAAUUUUCAUUCACAGAAUCACCAUUGCCUGAACCUGAACCUGAACCUGCACAUGUUCGAAAGAGGAGAAGAAAACAAUGGCUAUAUAUUUUGGCUGGAUUGGUUGGUGGAAUCGGCUUCAUUGUGAUUUUGGUACUGGUGAUGGUAGUUGUCCUGGGGAAGUGUAACAGAACUAUUGCAAAUCAAAGGGGGAGUGCAAAUGUGGGGCCUGUUCCAGAAGGAGAUAGCCCAUCACUUCCUAAGGACCCUACUGUUAUAUCAGGCCUGAGAGAUUCAUUUACCUACGAGCAAUUGCUUUGUUCAACUGGUGGAUUUAGUGAAGCAAAUCUCAUCAAGCAUGGUCACUCAGGAGAUCUAUUCCAGGGUUUCCAGGAUGGAGGAAGCCCCAUAGUUGUAAAAAAGGUCAAUUUGCAUUCUUUGAAAAAAGAAUCGUGUAUGAUGGAAUUAGAAUUAUUCAGCAAGUAUUCACAUAUAAGAUUGGUUCCGUUUUUGGGGCAUUGUUCAGAGAAUGCCAACGAGAAACUUCUGGUCUAUAAAUAUAUGCCAAGUGCAGACUUGGCUAGUUCCUUGCAUAGGAUAAGCGAUUUUGAGGAAGUCAAUUCCCUAGAUUGGAUUACAAGAUUAAAAAUUGCUAUAGGAGCUGCUGAAGGCCUUUCAUAUCUACAUCAUGAGUGUAACCCUCCCCUUGUUCAUAGAGACAUUCAAGCAAGUAGUAUCCUUCUUGAUGAUAAGUUUGAGGUGCGACUUGGAAGCCUGAGUGAAGUCUGCAUCCAGGAAGGGGAUUCACACCACAGCGUCCUCACAAGGUUCUUGCGGAAACCACAAUCCUCUGAACCAGGCCCUUCUGGUUCAUCGUCAGUGUCUUGUGCUCACGAUGUGUACUGUUUUGGAAAGGUCUUACUUGAGCUCGUAACAGGAAAGCUAGGCAUUAGUAAAUCGGAUGAUGCCACUACAAGGGAGUGGUUGGAACACACACUAGCAUACAUCUCUGUGUAUGAUAAAGACCUGGUAACGAAUAUUGUUGACCCAUCUCUGAUCAUAGACGAAGAUUUAUUAGAAGAGGUCUGGGCCAUGGCCAUUGUGGCAAGAUCAUGCCUUAAUCCCAAGCCUUCAAAACGUCCGCCAAUGAAAUAUAUACUCAAGGCAUUGGAAAACCCCUUGAAAGUUGUGAGAGAAGAGAGUUAUAGUUCAGGGCGGCUGAGAACAACUUCAUCUAGGAGAUCUUGGAAUGCUGCCUUUUUUGGUAGUUGGCGACACAGUUCAUCAGAAAAUGCUGCUGUUCCAGGCCACACUAACCGAGAAGGUGUUAGUGGCUCAAAGCAGCCUGGAAGAGUAGGGUCAUAUGGCAGCAGUGGAAUUCAACACACAUCGUCUAACAAAAGGUUAUCAAAUGAAAUUUUUCCUGAGCCACUUGAAAUGCAAGAUGUAGAGCGGCAAGACGAGCAUUAGCAAGCAUGGUGUGUUUGUAUCUGUUCUUCAAAGAUACUGUGCGUUUGACAGUUUGUGUUAAACUUAAACAGUGUCUUUAAUAGCCUUUCAUCAGUAGUGACUAAAGCAAUUGAUUGAGCAGCUGAUUGGAAGAGUUUUCUCUGCUGAGACAGAUGCCAUUAAUGCAUAAUCGAAGUGAUUAUCAUGAAGAAGUUCUACAAACAACGAAAGCAAGAUGUUUUCUGUAAACAAAAAUAUAUAUUCUUCAAGGUUUUUAAAGUUCAAGCUGCAAUUUGUUGCUGCAAAUCGAUUGUUUCUCAUUAGCUCCAUCAGAAUACAUAUUGUCAAAUAUGAAGAGUUCAGAAUUCAGAAUGUUUCACUCCAGUUUGUAUUGCUUAUGGGACUUCUCCCAGCCGAGAGUUAUAAAGUGUUUAUAUUCCUUGUCGGA